AUGAACUCUCCCGGUGACAAUUACGCCAUCCACAAAGUCUCUGUAAAACGCGCCCGUCAGGCCUGCGGUCCCUGUCGACGCAAGAAAGCGCGCUGUCCCGGGGAGAAGCCGACAUGUUCGCUGUGUCAGAGGUUAGGACAACGUUGUACCUACGGGUCAACGGUCAGUACCGGACGCACUGGCGAUGAGUCAAGAGAGGUGUGGUCACUACCUCCCUUCGUGGAUGUGACGGCGCAGCGGUUUCAACGUCUAGAGAAGAGACUGGAUAGAAUGACUCGCCUUCUACAGGAGAGCCUGCCUCGAGCCAACGCGACGGGUGGGAAUCCAGUACGAUCUGGCUGUGAGGGUCUUCCCCCCGACUUUGUUAAAUCCCAGGUGGAUCUCUAUCUCACCUUCUUUCACGACCAGCCUUAUUGUGUGUUCUCUCGUGACUGGUUGCAGAGCAGAGCAGACUCUCUGCCUCCGGAGAUCGCAUUCCCCUUAGUAGCCCUGACGUCUCGUUUAUCGCUAGGCGCAAGUGAAGAUUUUGGUAGCCAUGUCCCACCGCCGAACCCAGCCAGCCAGGCCUGGGAGAUCCUGUCUAAUCUGCAUCGGGACGGCAAAGUAGGCCUUUCUUUUCUGCAGGGCACCUGUCUAAUGGCCCAGUUGGACUUCGCCGACGGUCGUGCCCACCGAGCAUACGCCUCCUGUGCCUUGGGUCUGCGAACGCUGCAGUCGGCCGGGCUAAACAAGGAUCUAUAUACUGAAUCCCUGGAACGUAACGAAGCUGAAGAAAGACGACGCAUUACCUGGGCUUUCUUCAUGCUAGACCGCACGUACAAUGCAUCGCGGAACUACUCCUUGUGUCUAGCGGACAAGCACUUCACCCUGCCUUUCCCUUGUCCCAAUCCUGACGACUCUCCUCCGGGGUCGUCCCCCGACCGGCUAGAGAAACCGGGUGAGAAAGCCAACGGCAGCAUUCUCGCCUGUCUCCUGCGCCUGUACUCCCUAUGGGGCAAAGCCACUGAAUAUGUCUUCGAGCCCGUCGAGAAAGACACCCUUCCUCUGUGGCAGGCCGGAUCCGCUUUCGCGGUCUUGGAGUCGGAGUGGUUGCAGUUCGAGACUCAUUUCCCUGAUGCGCACCGGUAUCUCAACGUUGAGGCGCAACUGCACUCUCGCUCCGAGUCCGAGUCCCGAGCCUACCUGUCCUCCUGGCUCUGCGUGCAGUUUCUCUUCCACUCCAUCCAGUGUCUUAUGCACCAUCCCUUCAAUAUCAUGAACAAGCUGAGACAGGUGUCUGGCAACCUAUCGUCAACGUUUCUGCAGAAAUCCUUCGAGACCUCCCUGCUCCACUCGCGUUGGAUCGCUCGCCUGAUCAAGGAGAUGUGCCAAACGGAUACUCGACCGUAUGACCCGUUUCUCGCCUAUCUCGCGGCCAUUGCCGCCACCAUCCAGCUCGAGCAUACUGUCAGCAACAAUCCGCACGUCGCCAGACUGGUGAGUAAAGAAUUCCAGAUCCUAGUCGACUUCAUGACUAAGGUGUCCGCGCACUGGGAAAAUAUUCGGGUUUUGGUGGAUCGGGUCAGAGAAUUGGCCGCUCGACGUCGAAACUAUGGAUCUCUCUAUUACAAUCAGGACGGAUAUUCUGGAGCGCUACCGAGCAUGCCGACGCCGGCCAAUAUCCCCAAGAUGUCCGCCGAAGACGAGGCCCUCAUGUGGGAUAUCCUUGACAUUAGUUCGUCAGUCAGCCCGGCCACAAUGACGCAACUUGGGGAGUUGAUACCCCGGCAAAUGGGUGCCGGUGGCUCACAUUCUCCCGAGCCGUCACUGGCUCUCGUAUCUCAGGGACGAGAUCAAAACGGAGACGCAAGAGGGGUGUUGCUUCCGGAUCUGUCUGCAGCAGAGAUGCCGCUGCUUGAUACCGAGGAUGUUGUGGUGGAAUGGCCAUUCCCAAGUCGCAGUGGGAGUGAUGGAUUCGGGGACGCCAUCCCUGACAUUCCUGGCUGGAUGAUGCUGGACGAGAUGGCUGAGCAUCUGUGA